ACUGAUUUUCUAAUACAUUGAAACUGAACUUAAAUUGUGAUAAGAAUAUAGAAACAUGCCUCUUUUGAUAAUUUUACAUGAAUAAGGAGGAAUUGCUAGUUUUUUCUCUUAUCAUCUGAGUAAAGAAUUUCUUUAUUUUUUUCUCUUGUUACCUCCUGCUUCAUAAGCUCUGAUGAGAACUGAGUACUUGGUACACCUGUUUGUCUUUGAAUAUCUUGAUGGUGACAACUAGGGUAUAUCACUUACUGAUAUUUCUCAGGGCUUAAGAUAACGCCUUAGUAAGUCCUCCAUAAAGAGUUGUUGAGUUAACCGAAGAGGGGAAGGAUAUGGCUUAUACAUGUGAUAUAUGAUAGCAUUGAUGAACUUAGUGGUUAAAGUUAGUUUUAAUAAAAUUAAACCUUGUUUUAAAAAUAAUGUUAUAGACUGUCUUCCUUUUUCCUUUCUUUAAACAGAUAGGAGGGACACGAACAGAAUCACCAGCACUGGCUGAAGCUUCCUUUCAAUAGGAGAGGUUCGUGACUCCUAGAGUCAGUGGAAGCCGGAAGUUUCGGGCUUGGGGGGUCAGGGCUACGGGCCCGACCCAUGGCGCCUAAGAAGAAGGGGCUGCGCGCCGAGCCGCCGCUGUCGGAGCGCCGUCAGUACCUGCAUCGGCAGCACAAGGAGCGCUCUGAGGAACUGCAGGCCUGCAGGCAGCGCUUGGAACAAGUGAGGGCUGACAACCGUUUGGUUGACAGCGAGGCGGCGCGCCUGCGCGAAGGGAACCUGUUUUCCGUCACCUACCGGAGCAGGGGCGCGCAGCGCUGCGCCAACUCCGCCCAUAGGCGUGAUCGGGAGGGCGGCGUGGACCUGCCGCAGAUUUACAGGCAGCGCGCAGAGCUGACUUCAAUCUACCGCGCCCGUGAGGACGGGCUGCGCGCGCAGCUGGUGGACGUGCAGGCGCGCGCGGCGCAGUUGGAGCAGCAGGAGCAGAAGCUGCAGCUCGGCAUAGUCAGAGCUGCAGCGGCAGCAGCUGGCCCAGACCCGGGCUCUGCGGCGGGAUCUGCUGAAAAUGGGUGUGGAGGACAGGCAGCAACUCCACUGCGCGAGGCAGCGCUGGAGCGCCAGGCGCGCCAGCAGGAGGCGGUGGGCGCGCUCCGGGCGCGCAUCCAAGCCACAUCCAUCCGGGCGGACCGCGGACCCCUGCGGCCGGAGUUGCCGCCGUCCCACCGGGCCCAGGCGCUGCGGAACCAGCCGCGCCAGCUGCCGGACCGCGGCGAGCUGGAGGACACGCGGGGCCUGGCGUGCGUGCUCGGAGGCGCGUCCUUGGCCCGUUUGGGCCGAUACGAGCGAUCAGAUGCGGGCUCCAAGCUCCCGCCCUUGCGGGUGUCCCACCGCCCUGCCAGGGUAAGUGUAUCCGGCCCGGGGUCCGGGGUCGCGUCCUUUACACCGUCCCGACCGGACUCUGAGGGUUACACUUCUAAAGUUGCUUACACGAUCCCCACCCUCCCUGGGAAGCUCGUCCGCAGGUCUUAUAGCCCAUCACCACCGGCCCCGGUGGACAGCGACCAAGAUGAAGCCGCCUCGGGAGAGCCCGAACCUACCUCGAGGAAGGCUAGUGAGGCCAGAAGGCGGCGGGGAAAAAAGUCCACUUUCCCUGCUAAAUAAAGGCGUGACUCCUUCCUCCACUCUCCGCUCUGGCUGUGGGUUUUUCAUAAAUGCCCUUGAUUAAGUU